CUUCCUGAAAACCAAAAAAGAACAAAACAAACAAAACAGGACAACAAAGUACGUCCAAGAAGGAAAAGGGUAUGUUGACUUGAACUUCUUUAAUUUUGUAAGCCACUGUAUGUGUAAAAAGCAUCAACCCAUAAUAAAUCUGUACGGUGCCAAAUUACAGUUAACAGCAGUUGUGACUUUGCAAUGACCAAGUAGAUCACCCAUAAGCCCCUAUUAGACAAAAGAAUAUUUAACUGCAGGCUUAACUGUAAUAGCAGCUGUAAGUUGCUGUUUUAGUUGCAGCAAAAUGUUUUACCCACAAGUAAAGUGAUUAAUAAAUUUAUUGUGGACAUUUUUUCUGCAAUUAUAGGAAUUAAGACUUCUGCAUAAAACGAGUCCUAGUACAGGGCAUAUGUGUAGCCUGAUUUUAAUGUGAAUUUUAAAAUCUCCUUCAGCUUUUCAAUGCACCAGUUAAAGUGGCAAGGGGGCAAGAAAAGCAGUUAAUGCGAGAACUUAACUACGACUUUGUAAGUGAUGAGGAAGAUGGGACAGAGGGAAAGUGGAUUAUAAGGUCACCAAGCUGGAGGUCUCCUAGGACCAAUGAAUUAACG